AUGGAAGUGUGUAAAAGUGGCGCCACCUGUGCUGUUGUAGCCGUCCUGCUCUUGAGGCGAGGGCGUGUCCCCAGGGCGCCUCCCACAGUCCGCGGGGACGGACGGGGGCGCUGCGAAGCAUGGGCACUCGGCGGCUCGCUCCCGCGACGCUUGUUAGUGUUCCGCAAAUCCACAGCGGGAUCACCCGCACAACCGGGACACGAUCCCAGUGGGCUGAUGUUUGGCCUGCACCACCAGGAGGCGGCGGGUGGCCUGCACGCUCAACCCCGCGGACCCGUCACCUCCUUGAAGGAGGAACCUCUCACCAGAGCCUGGAUGACACCCACGUCGCUAGUUGAUAAUACCAACAGCGUAGGCGUUGGCCGCGCUCACUUCGAGAAGCAACCGCCCAGCAACCUACGCAAGAGCAAUUUCUUCCACUUCGUUGUGGCACUGUACGACCGCUCUGGGCAACCGGUCGAGAUAGAACGUACUGCCUUUAUUGGUUUCAUUGAGAAAGAUCAGGAAGUUGAAGGACAAAAGACGAAUAAUGGCAUUCAAUACAGACUUCAAUUACUUUAUGCAAAUGGUAUUAGACAAGAACAAGACAUUUUUGUUCGACUCAUCGAUUCGGUGACGAAACAACCUAUAGUGUAUGAAGGUCAAGACAAGAAUCCAGAAAUGUGCAGGGUUUUGUUAACACACGAAGUUAUGUGCAGUCGGUGUUGUGACAAAAAAAGCUGUGGUAAUAGAAACGAAACGCCCUCCGACCCAGUUAUCAUCGAUCGGUUUUUCUUGAAGUUCUUCCUGAAAUGCAACCAGAAUUGUUUGAAGAAUGCCGGCAACCCACGCGACAUGAGAAGGUUUCAGGUGGUGAUAUCAACACAAGUAAUGGUGGAUGGCCCUCUACUGGCAAUAUCAGACAACAUGUUUGUACACAAUAACAGCAAGCAUGGCCGACGAGCGAAGAGAUUAGAUCCUAGCGAAGCAGGUCUGUAUCCGCCGUUACCCGUGGCAACGCCGUGUAUCAAAGCGAUAUCACCGAGCGAAGGAUGGACGUCAGGCGGGUCAACCGUUAUCAUAGUAGGGGACAACUUCUUUGAUGGACUACAAGUUGUGUUCGGGACCAUGCUGGUGUGGAGUGAGCUCAUAACGUCGCACGCGAUAAGAGUGCAAACACCGCCUAGACACAUACCAGGAGUCGUGGAAGUGACGCUUUCGUACAAGAGCAAGCAGUUCUGCAAGGGAGCACCAGGGAGAUUUGUUUAUGUUUCAGCGUUGAACGAACCAACGAUAGAUUAUGGAUUUCAGAGGCUACAGAAACUUAUACCGAGACAUCCCGGGGACCCGGAAAAAUUGCCGAAGGAAAUAAUUCUGAAACGAGCAGCGGACUUGGCAGAGGCGCUAUACUCAAUGCCACGCAAUAAUCAACUUGGGCUCGGAGCACCUCGGUCGCCCCCUGCAAGUAUGCCUUUCAACUCGUACACUGGCCAGUUGGCGGUCAGCGUACAGGACACUGCGGCCUCGCAGUGGACUGAAGAGGAGUUCGCGCGCAGCGGCGGUUCAGUGUCGCCGCGGUACUGCAGCGCCGCGUCCACGCCGCACGCCGCGCCCGCUGCCUACCCGCACCCGCAGCACUACCCCGCACCGCCUACCUCACUCUUCAAUGCUAGCUCACUGUCUCUAGGACCCUACCAUCCGGCGAACAUGAAUGGACACUUAUCAUCUGACCGUCACUAUAACGCGUAUAAUACGAAAGAUAGCGGAUAUUACAGUGAAAGAAAUGGCUCUAAAAGCUUGGCCGACUGUCCGGUAAACAUUCAUACAAAAUGCACCGGCAGCGAUAUGAAAGGGGCACAGAAUAAAGAGGCUAAGCUGAGAAGCGCCUUUGCUGUUGUGAGGCAAGGUCCCAAUGAAAAUCAUCAGAAUUGGCAACAUCUCGCCGUCCAAUGUUAG